AUGGCCUCCGUCAUGUCAGGCGUCGCCCCGCGCGUUGCGGCGCUGCCGUGCCGCGUGAGCUGCUUCCGCUUCCUGCUGCCGCCGGACGAGCCAGGCAAGUGGGCGCUGUUCACAGCAAGAGGCAAGUGGGCGUUCCAGCAGCAGCACGGCGAGGGCUUCUCGAUCACGAACGUGCCGCUGUGGACCGUUGGCGAGUGGAGCAGCCUGGGAGAGGUGAGCUCGGCGGGCGCGGACCUCUCCGUCGUGCAGGGCGGGCUCUACAUCUCUGGCGGGGUGGACGAGGGACGUUUCGACGGCUCGACGGCGCGCUGGGAGGGCCGGCGCAGCGCUGCCGCCGCGUCCGACUCAACGGAGCAGCGCGUGCGGUACGAGUCCUCCUUACACGUGCGCUCGCUCGCGCUCGACGAGCCCCACGUGCAGCGACUCCUCUCGCGGCUGCCCGCGUGCACGCUCACCGCCGCAAAGGGCGAGGGCGGCCGAUCCGGCUGGCGCACCGUGGACAGCCUCGCGCUGCCGACAGCGAUGCAUGCGCAUUCGGCCAUCACCGUCCCGCUGCUACCGAGCGGUGGCUCGCCAGCCGCGGAAGGGGCGUCACCGUCAAGGCGUUAA